AUGGACGCAAGUAUAAAACAUAGAAACCAUCCCGAAACAUUCACUUUGGUUACACCUCCAGCCGAUGCUCCUAUAGAGGUAUUGAAUGAAUUCUAUUGGACAAGAGAACCAGAACCUCAUGUAGCUAGAAGAAAACAAAUCUUAGCUAAAUAUCCUGAAGUUAGAAAAUUAACUGGAUAUGAACCAAAGACUAAAUGGUAUGUUAUUGCUGUUGUUGCAUUACAAUGUAGUAUUGCUUAUUAUUUAAGAAAUACUCCUGUUUUGAGUUGGAAAUAUAUGUUAUUGGCAUACGUGAUUGGUGCUACUUCAAAUCAAGCUAUCUUUUUAGCUAUUCAUGAAUUAUCUCAUAAUUUAUUAUUUAAAAAACCAUUACAUAAUAAAUUAUUUGCUAUAUUUGCUAAUAUUCCAAUUGGUAUUCCAUAUUCAGCUUCUUUCCAACCUUAUCAUCAAUUACAUCAUAAAUUCUUGGGAGAUAAUUAUUUGGAUACUGAUUUACCAACAAGAUUUGAAGCAAUGUUUCUUUCAUCAAUAUUAGGGAAAGUAUUCUUUGCAACCUUUCAAAUCUUUUUCUAUGCUCUUAGACCAAUGUUUAUAACUCAAAUUAAAUUCACUUAUAUUCAUUUAUUAAAUAUCAUUUGGCAAAUAAUUAUUGAUUUCAUUAUGGUUAAAUCAUUUGGUUGGAAAGCUUUUGGAUAUUUUAUAAUGAGUUCAUUCUUGGCAGGAUCUUUACAUCCUUGUGCUGGACAUUUUAUUGCUGAACAUUAUGUUUUGAAUGAAAAUAAUGCUCCUAAAUAUGAAAAGAUUAAAGGUACUAAUAUUUCAAAAGAAUUAUUACCAGCAGAAACUUAUUCUUAUUAUGGAGCACUUAAUUUAGUUACAUGGAAUGUUGGAUAUCAUAAUGAACAUCAUGAUUUCCCAUAUAUUGCUUGGACUAAAUUACCUGAAUUAAGAAAAAUGGCAGCUGAAUUUUAUGAUCCAUUACCACAAGUUAAUUCUUGGUGUGGAGUUAUCUGGUGGUUUAUUUUUAAUGAUGUUAAUACUUUAUGGAAUAGAGUUAAACGUGAAGGAAAGGAAAAGGAUGGUCAAAAGAUUGAUAAAUUAGAUGAAAAUUAG